AUGGAGAUGGAGAGCUGUCUGUUCAUCCUCAUGCUCUCAUCCCUGCUCCUGUCCACCACAGCCGACAGUGAUGUGAGGCUGGCGGAUGGUGUCAGUCCCUGUGCUGGGAGAGUGGAGCUUCUUCAUGAAGGACAGUGGGGAACUGUGUGUGGAGAUAGAUGGGAUAUGGAUGAUGCAUCAGUGGUGUGUAAACAGAUGUUCUGUGGAGAUGCUGUAGCAGCACCGCAAUAUGAUCACUUUGGACCAGGAUCUGAGAACAUCUGGAUGGAUGAGGUGUCCUGUGUAGGAUCUGAGUCAACACUGAAAAACUGUCAACAUAACGGAUGGGGUAAACAUGACUGUACUCAUGCUCAUGAUGCUGGAGUUAUCUGCUCAGGCCACAGAGAUGUGCAACUGGUACAGGGUACACACCUGUGUUCGGGGAGAGUGGAGAUCCAGCAUGGAAUUACCUGGUACACAGUGUGUGAUGCUGACUUUGACCUGCAGGAUGCCGAAGUUGUGUGUCGGCAGCUGGGCUGCGGGAUCCCUGCGAAGGUGCUGGGAGGGUCUGCCUUUGGGAAGGGGGGAUACCAAAUGUGGACAGAGGAGAUUCAGUGUACAGGGAACGAGUCAAAUGUUUACUCCUGUCCUAAAUCAUCCACAAAGAAGCAGAGCUGCUCACGUGAUGACAGCGUGGGACUUGUGUGUUCUGGGUACACAAACGGCAGACUGGCGGACGGCCCGGACCGCUGCUCCGGGAGGGUGGAGUUACAGUACCUCACUGAGUGGGGCACAGUGUGUGAUGCAUCCUGGGAUCUGAGAGCAGCCAAUGUCCUCUGUCAGCAGCUGGGCUGUGGGAGCGCUGUGGCAGUGCCAGGACAGGCCUGGUUUGGAAAGGGCAGCGGCCCCAUCUGGACUGAUGUGUUUGAGUGUCAGGGAAAGGAGACACACCUGUCCCAGUGUGCUGUUUCUUCAUGGAACCGAGUUGCAUGCUCUCAUGGACACGAUGCGGGAGUCAUCUGUAAUGGAUCAUCUCUCUCCAGCCUCAAUGGGACGGUCCGACUGUCUGGAGAAAGUGGCUGUGGGGGUCAGUUGGAGGUUCACUACCAGCAAACCUGGAGCAGAGUUCUCCUGGACUCCUGGAGCAUCAGGGAGGCUUUUGUGGCCUGCAGACAGCUGGGCUGUGGUUCAGCAGUGAGGAUCUACAGCUCCUCCCUGUCUGGGACAGGGGACACUGAUGUGUGUCUCACAGGGUAUCAGUGCUCUGGAACUGAGUUUCACUUGGUCAACUGCAGUGCUCCACACACACUCAACUGCAGUUCCAGCCCAUAUGUGUCCAUAGUGUGUUCCAGUGAAUCCCUGAGGCUGGUGGGUGAUGAGGGUGGCUGUGCAGGGAGGCUGGAGGUGUUCCACCAGGGCUCCUGGGGGACAGUGUGUGAUGACUCCUGGGACCUGAAUGAUGCUCAGGUGGUGUGCAGGCAGCUCCAGUGUGGGACAGCUCUCAACUCCACCUCUUUUGGUGCAGGAAAUGGAUCCACCUGGCUAGAUGAGGUGGGCUGUGUGGGAAAUGAGUUGUCCCUGUGGGACUGUCCCUCUUCACAGUGGGGACAACAUGACUGUGGACAUGAGAAGGAUGUAGGCAUUGUGUGCUCAGAAUUCAAAGAUCUGAGACUGGCUGAAGGUUGCUCUGGGCAGGUGGAGGUUUAUUACAAUGACACCUGGGGAAACGUGUGUUUCAAUCAGAUGGACGCAAACACUGUGAGUUUAAUAUGUCAGCAACUCAACUGUGGGAAGAGUGGAACUGUUUCAAGUGCAGGAUCUCGACUGAAAGGAGCUCCAAACUGGCUGGAUUCUGUCAAAUGUCGCCCACAUGACUCCACACUGUGGCAGUGUCCAUCCUCUCCCUGGGGACACAACACAUGUGGCGAUAAUGACAUCGCCAGUAUUACCUGUGAAAGCAGUGACGUGAGGCUGGUGAACGGGAACAGUCGCUGUGCUGGGAGAGUGGAGAUUCUUCAUCAAGGACAGUGGGGAACUGUGUGUGAUGAUGACUGGGAUAUGACUGAUGCUGCAGUGGUGUGUAGACAGCUGGGCUGUGGAGAUGCUGUAGACGCACCUCUCAAUGCUCACUUUGGUCCAGGAACUGGGAACAUUUGGAAAGAUGACACUUUCUGUGGAGGCACCGAACCAACACUGAAGGACUGUGCGUCACGUAGAUGGGGAGAACAUAACUGUGGUCAUAAUGAGGAUGCUGGGGCCAUCUGCUCAGGAUGCCGAAGUUGUGUGUCGGCAGCUGGGCUGCGGGAUCCCUGCGAAGGUGCUGGGAGGGUCUGCCUUUGGGAAGGGGGGAUACCAAAUGUGGACAGAGGAGAUUCAGUGUACAGGGAACGAGUCAAAUGUUUACUCCUGUCCGAAAUCAUCCACAAAGAAACAGAACUGGCAUACAAACGGCAGACUGGUGGACGGCCCAGACUCCUGCUCCGGGAGGGAUCAUCUCUCUCCAACCUCGAUGGGACGGUCCGACUGUCUGGAGAGAGUGGCUGUGAGGGUCAGUUGGAGGUUCACUACCAGCACACAUGGAGCAGAGUUCUCCUGGACUCCUGGAGCUUCAAGGAGGCUUCUGUGGUCUGCAGACAGCUGGGCUGUGGUUCUGCACUGAGGAUCUACAGCUCCUCCCUGUCUGGGACAGGGGACACUGAUGUGUGUCUCACAGGGUCCCUGAGGCUGGUGGGUGAUGAGGGUGGCUGUGCAGGGAGGCUGGAGGUGUUUCACCAGGGCUCCUGGGGGACAGUGUGUGGUGACUCCUGGGACCUGAAUGAUGCUCAGGUGGUGUGCAGGCAGCUCCAGUGUGGGAUGGCUCUCCGCUCUACCUCUUUUGGUCCAGGAAAUGGAUCUAUAUGGCUGGAUGAGGUUGGCUGUGUGGGGAACGAAUCAUCUCUGUGGGACUGUCCCUCUUCACAGUGCGGGAACCAUGACUGCGUUCACAAGGAGGAUGUAGGAGUUGUGUGUUCAGAGUACAAAGAUCUGAGACUGGCUGAAGGUUGCUCUGGGCAGGUGGAGGUUUACUACAAUGGCACCUGGGGAAACGUGUGUUUCAAUCAGAUGGACACAAACACUGUGAGUUUAAUAUGUCAGCAACUCAACUGUGGGAAGAGUGGAACUGUUUCUAGUACAAGAUCUCGACUGAAAGGAGCUCCAAACUGGCUGGAUAUUGUCAAAUGUCGCCCACAUGACUCCACACUGUGGCAGUGUCCAUCCUCUCCCUGGGGACAGAAUAAAUGUGAUGAUGGUGAAGUGGCCCUCAUUACCUGUGAACAAAAAAAUGUGGCUUUGAAGGGAACGGCAACUCAGUCAUCCCAAUAUGACUCUUAUGGUGCUGCUGGCAAUGCUAUUGAUGGAAACAGAAAUACAAAGUACACAGAUGGGUCCUGCACUCACACCAAGCAGGACUCCAAACCAUGGUGGAGACUGGACCUGCAGGAUGUUUUCACUGUGACCUCAGUGACCAUCACCAACAGAGGGGACUGCUGCUCAGAGAGAAUCGAUGGAGCAGAGAUUCGUGUUGGAAACUCCCUGGAUGACAAUGGCAACCAGAAUCCCCUAUGUGCAGUGGUUCCCUCCAUCGCAGCAGGACAGUCCAGUUCGUUCCAGUGUAAUUGGACAAUGGGACGCUAUGUCAACGUGGUCCUCCCAAAACCCGGCAUUCUGACUCUGUGUGAAGUUGAAGUUAAUGUACAUGAUGAUAGCAGUGGCUACCUGCCCCUGAGACUGCAGGGGGGCAACAGGAUGUGCUCAGGGAGGGUGGAGCUGUGGUAUGAGGGCUCCUGGGGGACCAUCUGUGACGACUUAUGGGACAUAAAUGAUGCCCAGGUGGUCUGCAGACAGCUGGGCUGUGGGGCAGCACUGAAGGCUCAUGGGAAUGCUGCCUUUGGGAGAGGAAACGGUCCAAUUUGGCUGAAUGAGGUAAAGUGCUGGGGCAGUGAGCUCCACCUGUGGGACUGUCCUCACUCUCUUCAGGACCACAGGACCUCCUGCUCUCACAAAGAGGAUGCUGGUGUUACCUGUGAAGGCAUAUCUUCUGAAUUUACAUCUACUACAGAAAUUCCAGGAACAUCCACAACUAAAACCUCAGCAAGACCAGAUGUUACCAAAGCACCACGCCAAACACCCCUGUCCAUCCCUCUUGUGGUGUUCCUGGUGCUGGGGGCUCUGCUCUUCCUACUGCUGGUGCUUCUGGCUGGACAGUUGUACCAGAACAGGGUUCUGAAGAGAGCCCUGUACCAAGGGGGUCUUACCCCUCUACAUGAGGCCAUCUAUGAGGAGAUAGAAUACAACCUGACCAGGGGAGAGACAUACAGAGGUGCCAGGAAAGGAAGUGUCCUGUCUGAGGAU